AUGGCCACUGGAAACGAGAUAGAAACACAGAUUGUUCAGACCCUGAACAAGAAGAGGCUCCCAAACAAGUUCAAGAAUUUAGGGGACAACAGGAUAAUUCUGAAUGGUGCAGGCAGCCACUUCCCAGCCGCAGUCGCACAUGCGAGCCUCUCCCCGUCGCCUGCCAGCCUGCUGGCCGCGGGCCAUGAGGCGGUGGAGCUACCCCCUGGCGAAGACCAGCCCACGCCGGAGCUGUACUUCGGCCUGGAUGACGAGAGUCUGCUGGACUUUUGGGACGAGCAGGGCUCGGACGAGGAGGACAUGCAGCUCAGUCUAGAUGUUCGGCCGCGGGCAACCUCUCCCCUGGCCACAUCCAGAACUCUGGGCCAGCAGCUGCACGAGGUUGCACUGAGGGCAGCAAGCUGCCUCGGUCUCCCUCUCCCUCCCCCUCCCAGCGUGCAGGCCUCGCUGCUGGAUGGGGAGUUUUAUGCUGGCCCAGCCGUGCCAGCCCCCAGCGCCCUCCCCUUCUUUGCGGAGGUUCAUAGGGAGGUGAAAACUACGUGGGCGACCCCCUACUCGGGCCGUGCCCCACUGCCGGGGCACCAGGCGGCUCUGGCUGAGAAAGCCUACCUGGCAGCAGGGCAGGCUGCCUGUGCCACAAACACGGCAGCACUCCUGCAACGCUACCAGGCCAAGCUCCUGAUGGAGCUGGCCUCAUCGUUGGGGGAGAACCAUCAGACGGUGGUGAAGCUCCGUCGGGCGACGGACCUCUCCCUCCGACUCACUCGCUGCACCUCCCAGGUGGGGAGGGUCAUGGGAGCGACCGUGGCGACGCAGAGAUCCCUGUGGCUGUCCCUAGCAAAGCUGACAGACCGGGAGAAGGCGCCACUCCUGGAUGCCCCGAUCAGCAUCCAGGGUGUGUUCGGAGAAGCUGUGGGAACGAUGGCUGCACAGUUCGAAGAACAACAUAAAAGCAUAGAGGCAUUCCAGGCUUGGGUGCCUCGCUCCAGCGGGUCCGCUGAUGAAGUCCUGAGGGGUGUUAAAGAGAAGCAUAAAGCCAGUCUGAAGAGGAGGUUUGAGAACAUAUCUGAAGGCAUCAUCAAACCAGGAGCUGAGACACCCCUCAAUAAGAUUUACACAGAGCUCUACAUCACAGAGGGAGAGAGUGAAGGGGUGAAUAAGGAACAUGAGGUUUGGCAGGUAGAGUCAGCAUCCAGAGCACAAACCACAGAAGACACACCAAUCAACUGCAAUGACAUCUUCAAGCCCUUGCCUGGACAGGAGAAGCACAUCAGAACUGUGAUGACCAAAGGUGUUGCUGGCAUUGGAAAAACAGUUUCAGUGCAGAAGUUCAUUCUUGAUUGGAUAGAUGGGGUAGCCAAUCAGAAUGUAGACUUUAUAUUUCCUCUUCCUUUCCGUGAGCUGAAUUUGGUCAGGAGUGAUCAGUAUAGUCUUCACAAGCUUCUGCUUGACUUCCAUCCUGAACUGAAUGAGCUGAAGGAUGGUGAAGAAUACAAUGACUGUCAGGUUGUGUUCAUCUUUGAUGGUUUGGAUGAGAGUCGAUUACCUCUGAAUUUCCAACAGAACAUGAUAUCUGAUUUAAAACAAACAUCAUCAGUGGAUGUUCUGAUGACAAGCCUCAUUAAGGGAACUCUGCUUCACUCUGCACACAUCUGGAUAACCUCACGACCAGCAGCAGCCAGUCAAAUUCCUGCUCAGUGCAUUGAUCAGGUGACAGAAGUACGAGGGUUCAAUGACCCACAGAAGGAAGAGUACUUCAGGAAGAGAAUCAGUGAUAAGAGUAAGGCCAGCAGAAUCAUCUCACACAUUAAGGCAUCCAGGAGUCUCCACAUCAUGUGCCACAUUCCGGUCUUCUGUUGGAUUGCAGCCACUGUACUUCAGCAGAUGCUGGACAACACUAAAGACAUUCCCAAAACUCUGACUGAGAUGUUCAUACACUUCUUGCUCAUCCAGACCAGAAGGAAGGAUCAGAAGUAUCAGAGUGGAACUGAGACAGAUGAAGAGAAACUUCAAAAAUCUCAGAAAGAAAAUGUACUGAAACUUGGAGAACUGGCUUUCAAUAAUCUAGAGAAUGGCAAUCUGAUGUUUUAUGAGGAAGAUCUGAAAGAGUGUGGCAUGGAUGUCAGUGAAGCCUUAGUGUACUCUGGCAUGUGCACUGAAAUCUUCAAGGAAGAAUCUGUGUUUCACCAGAGGAAGGUCUACUACUUUGUGCACCUGAGCAUCCAGGAGUUUUUGGCAGCUGUGUUUGUGUUUCACUCUUAUGUGACUGAGAACCUCAAGGGCUUACAAUCUCAAGAUCAUCUACAUGUGUUACUUAAGAGUGCAGUGGAUAAGGCUUUGAAGAGCAGGAAUGGACACCUGGAUCUUUUCCUUCGAUUCCUUAUGGGCAUCUCUCUGGACAGCAAUCAGAGACUUUUGAAAGGUCUACUGAACCACAAACCCAGCAGCUCAAAGAGCACCAAGGAAAUAUGUGAAUACAUUAAGAAGCUCAACAGCGAAGAUCUCUCUCCUGAACGAUGCAUCAAUCUUUUCCAUUGCUUAUUUGAAAUGAACGAUCAUUCCAUGCACAAAGAAAUCAAAAAAUAUCUGGAGUCACCAGAGAAUAUCAAACAGAAAUUGUCCCCUGCUCACUGUUCAGCACUGGCCCACAUACUUCUGAUGUCUGAGGAGGUGCUGGAUGAGUUUGACCUGAAGAAAUACAACACAUCAAAUGAGGGACGCAGGAGAUUGCUCCCUGCUCUGAGAUGCUACAGAAAAGCACGACUUGCUGAUUGCACACUUACAGAUAAGUCCUGUGGAAUUGUGUCUACUGUUCUACAGUCACCAAACUCCCUGACAGAGCUGGACCUGUGUAACAAUGACCUGGGAGAUUCUGGCAUUCAGCUUCUCUCUAACGGACUGUCUAGUCCCCACUGCAAACUGCAGACAUUAAGGCUCUCUGAUUGUCUCAUCUCAGAAAAGGGUUGUAUUUGUCUUGCUUCAGCCCUUUCUUCAAACCCCUCCCACCUAAAAGAGCUGGAUCUGAGCUACAAUCAUCCCGGAGAAUCAGGACUGAAGCUGUUAUCUGUUAGACUGGAGGAUCCUGACUGUAAACUGGAGACGCUUAAAACUGACCAUGCUUCAGUAAACAGAGCUCGACCACGUUUGCUGAGAUAUGCCUAUGAGGUCACACUGGACCCAAACACAGCAGGCAGACGUCUCUCUCUCUCUGAGGGGAACAGAAAGGUGACAUAUGGGUUUAAGGAGCAGCCGUAUCCUGACCACCCAGAGAGAUUUGACAGAUGGGAUCAGAUGUUGUGUAGAGAGGAUCUGUCUGGACGCUGCUACUGGGAGGUUGAGUGGAUUGGGGAUGGGGCUGAGUGGAAAGGGGAUGGGGCUACUGUAGCUGUGGCAUAUAAAAGCAUCCAGAGGAAAGGGUGGAGUGGUGACAGCCUGCUGGGACAUAAUGACAAGUCCUGGAGUCUGCUCUGCUCUCCUGACAGUUACUCUGCCAGACACAUUAAUGAACAGACUGACAUACCUGCCCCCUCCUCCGGCUCCAGAACAGUAGGAGUGUACCUGGACUGGCCAGCCGGCACUCUGUCCUUCUACAGCGUCUCCUCUGACACACUCACCCACCUACACACGUUCUACUCCACAUUCACUGAGCCCCUCUAUCCUGGGUUUAUGCUUUAUUGCUCCUCAGUGUCCCUGUGCCGGAUCAAAUGGCCACUGCUGUUGAUCCUCCUGGGAUGGGGGCAUGUAGUGGCUAUUGAUAGGGGCAUCAACACCUCUGUGUAUCUACUGUACACCUGCCAUGGCUUUGUCCUUGCAGGGAUGGGGCAGUGGACAGGGGCAUCUACACCCCCCUGCCAUGUCUUCUGA